AUGGUCCUUAAGCUUGAUUUUGAAAAGGCGUAUGACUCGGCGAGCUGGAGUUUUCUACGCCAAGUUUUGUUGGCCAAGGGCUUCGAUGGUUUGGUGGUUCACCGCCUGAUGCAACUUGUCACUGGUGGCCACACGGUGGUGGCUGUCAAUGGCCAGACCACUGCUGGUCACAUCUCGCCUGUUAGCUCCCACCUUAUUCGUAAUGGCAUCUCUCACCUACAGUAUGCGGAUGACACCAUCAUUAUGGUUGAACUUAAUGAUAACUCCAUCACGAAUCUGAAAUUUCUUCUUCUCUGCUUUGAAGCUCUGUCGGGCCUUAAAAUCAACUUCUCUAAGAGCGAGGUCAUUAUGACUGGGUAUCCAUCCAUCUAUCUCCUCAUACCACAAUCCAUCCAUCCACCUAUCCAUUCCCCACCGCAAACCCCUAUCUAUCUCCACCCCUCCCCCUUCCAUAUCGCCACCGCCGCCACCUCCUCAUCAGCUCCACCGGUGAGCCCUUCCUCACCGCAUCCAUGGCCUCCCCGCGCCCUUCCUCACUACAUCGCCACCCAGACCCCCUCCCUUCCCCACCGUAUCGCCACCCCAAGCCAUCUCCCUUCCCUAACCCUACACCCGUACCUCAACCUGCGCCUCAACCCGUCGGAUCCCCCUUCUCCGUGGCGGCAUGCCUCCUUUCCCGAGUUCGCCAAGGACAGCGUCCGCCUCGUCAAGCACUGCGAUAAGCCUUACCGCAAGGAGAUCACCAAGGUGCCGGCGCAGACGACGAUCGGGUUCGUCGUCAUGGGAUUCGCUGGCUUCUUCGUCAAACUCAUCUUCAUCCCCAUCAACAACAUCAUCAUCGAGCAUAGCUUCUCUGAUCUCGUUCGCGUCUCUGAUCUCGUCCACGACCGCGACCGCGACGGAAGCCUCCUCUGCUCGCCGGUGUAUGGAAGCACGAGAAGAGUGAUGGCCAUGAAUACUAUGGUCUCCUUGUUAGCGAGUCAGCCAGGAAAUAUGCCAUAGUCAAAGAGCUUGAUAGCCCUGUUACUUUGAAGGAUGUGACAGUUGUCCUGCAGUUCGAAAUGAGGCUUCAGAAUGGCCUCGAGUGUGGAGAUGGAGUAGGAGGAUGAGCAGCAUCAACAAAUGAGCCUGACGGUGAAGAAGCACCUGAUGACCAGAACUCGUUCAAGUGCUCUUUAGUCCUUCCAAAACAAGGAGCUCUAGGCCUAAUUUUUUUUGGAGUGUGAAACCGAGAAGCCAAGCGCGAAUCAGUGAAGCCCUACUUAGCAAAGCGUUUUUGGUUCUGUAGUAGACUGUAAAUUGUAAUACCGUAACAGAUUGUAAAAGACUAAUGUAGUGUUAUUUGAUGAAUUAUAUUUGUCCCGUCCUAUUUGAAAUAGUGAUUAUGUUAAAAAGA